GCCGUGGCCGCCUCCUCCCGCUCCGCCUCCGGAUGUGGCGGCGGGGCCGUUCCGGGCCGUUGUCACCGACGCUCGGCGGUCGCCUGGGGGGCUGCGGGCGCGGAGUGGAGCGGGACUUGGGGGCACCCGGCCGGAAUUCAUUUGGAGGAACAAGAAGUUCUGGUUAAUGGCUGACACUUGUGGAGUUAGAAGUGAAAAGAAGUGGCGUGUUGUUACUGAGAAGAUUACUGUCUGAUUCUACUAGCCUUUGGUGUACCCAGAAACAAGACAUAAGUCUUUGUCCCACCCAGAGAUACUGCUCUAUGUUAACCACUGAAAAAAACAGUUAAUUGAACAUUAUGCAUGGUCUCUUAAAAUCAAAGAAGAUUUCAGUUAUAGAGAGAACAUACUGAAGGCAACAAAACACUAUCCUUCCUAUGAGUUCAUACAGUUUGCUGAUAUGCUUCAUAGGGAAUAAAACUGAGGACUAAGAACUGAUAGAACACGUCAUAAGAUUUAUUUUCUGGUCCCUGGAAUUUUGAUUCUGAAUAUGGAGUGGGGAGGAGAGUAUUCUCUCGAUUCUUCCAAUUUAGACUGUUUGUUGGAUGUCCUUCCUGGAGAAUCGGAGUUCCAACAAGUCCUUAAUGAUAUUGAUGAAAAAAUAAAGAAGAAUUCUUCCAGCAUGGAACAGUGUCUUAAAGACCUGCAAUCAGAAGUAAAUGAAAUAUGUACUGACGAAAUACUGCAAACCACGAAUGACUGCCUUCAGUGGCUCAACAACUGCAAUUUUAUUUCUCUCAGACCUUCAUCUACACCACAUGGAGAGCUGAUGGAGUUCCUCAGGACCCUGCAAAGCUUGCUGAAAAAUGAGCAAAAUCAAGAAGAAAUGAUACUUCACUUCCUUCUGGAUCUCUCUAGUCAGUGUGGUGUCUCAUUUCCCUGUACUCCAAGCGGGACGUCUUUUGAGUUUACAUCUUCCAUUCAUGCCAUUGAGGAUGAUUCAGCUAUGGACAUGAAAUCUCUCUGGGAUGACGUGAGAUUGCAUCUUCGACGAUUUUUAGUAAAUAGACUGCAAAGUCAAGAAGAAACAAAUACUAAUGCUCAGCAACAACAAAUACAGUUUAAAACUCAGUGCAUACAGCAACUUUUGUUUCUUUACCCUGAAUCAGAAGUCUUAACAAGGUAUCAAAACAUGCAGAAUAAACUGGUUAGUGAUAUUCUACAGAACUGUAUUUUGUCUAGCUGUGGUGAAACAAAUUUUGAUAAAGUCGUUCAUGGCUACCAAAGUUCAAUACCCACACUGUGCACAAUGAUAAAAGAAGAUUUCUAUGUACUAAGUGGAACUAUUGAUCCUUCUUCAUCAUUGAAGUUUAUUAAUGAAACUUACCUGGAUACCAUCACUGAGGAAAUAACAGUUCUCCUUGAAAGACUUUGCGAGCUGCAGUUCAAAGAAAAUGCUCUGCAUAUAGUUAAGGCAAACAAGAUUUCAAAGAAGCAUAGAGGAACAGUUCAUGCCGUGGCCUCCCAGGAAUACCACAAAAAAGGAAGGAAUUUCUGUUUAACAUUGUAUCAACUCAAGUGUCUUUCUCAACUCAUCAAACUCUUCUUAUUAAUGGAAGAAAAAAUUGAAGAACUCUCUGCAGAAAUUUUGUUGGUGCCUUUAUUUACUGAGAAGAAUGAGAAUGUUCAAGGAGUUCUGAAGAAAGCUAGUGGGGAGCUUUUAAUAGGAGAAACUAGAGCAAAUGAAACCAGUGUGCUUCCUGAACAGUUACUUCAGGUAAAAGAGCCUCCUUUACUGAAUUUUGGUUGGAGAAAUGCGUUUAAAGAUCUGUCUUCUUCUGUGGCUCACUGCAUAACAAUAGCAAUUGAGGAUUUUUCAACUAAAAUUCUUCAACAUGAGCAGAAAGAGCAGUCUUCAGCUGCAGGCUAUGCAAUGAGUCUUGUAAACAACCAGCAAAUGAGGGAGUCCUGCAGAGCAGUCCAACUGGAGGAGCAACCAAAACGAAUUGCUAAGUUUUGUUCUGACAUCAUGGAAGAACUUGACACAUUGCUUCCAUUGGCUCUGGCAUGCAGAGAUGAUUCUCUUCAGGAAAUUAGAGCAAACUUUGUAGAGGCCUGCAGCAAAGUAGCAACAGCUGUCCUGGCAAGACUAGAGGAGAAAAGCAAAGACGUUCCCGCCAAGGCUCCUCUGCCAAACUUGUAUGCUGCUCUUUCCACAGCGAUCUAUGUCUUUCAGCAUUUUACGAUGUAUAGCAAUUUAAUGAGAGAAAACAGCAAAAAACCCCUGUUCCUAGUGCCUGUCCAACAAUAUCAGGAAUUCAUCAACGUUCUCCAGUUUCAAGUUACGAACUACUGCGUCAGAGUUUGUGCUACAAGCAUUUUACAGGAUGCUGAGAGCCACCAUUGGGAUGACUGCAAAGCUUUUUAUGAGGGGGAGAGAUGCUCAUUCUCUGUCCAGAUGUGGCAUUACUUCUGCUGUGCUCUUCAUCAUGACCUAUGGACCAUUCUACCUCCCAAGUUAGCCCAGGAGAUUCUUACGGAUGUGCUAGAGCAAUCUUUGGCCGUGCUGUCCUCCAGAUAUAUGCAGGCCUGUCCCAGUUACAAGAGAACCCCACAAAUCAGAAUAGAUAUUGCAGCAAUUUUGAUGUCCACUGAAAACAUGCUGUGGUCAGUUUGCAGUUCAGUACAUGAAUUUCUGAAUCCACAUGAAGACAGAGAUCUCAAGAUCUAUAAAAUACAUACCCACUGCAAUAAUCUGCUCUCUGUGCUAGCUAUUUUAACUUCUCCACUGAAGAAUUUGUAUGAGACUUUUCUGAACCAUUCUGGAGAACAUCUUCCUCAAGUUAUUUCCAAAGACUUUUAUCACCCAUUACACUGGUUAUUUUGCAUACCAUCAUCCUUUCCGUCCUUACUGAAGAAUCCAUCAGCUGGAGAAAUGGCAGCCCAGGGUCAGCUGAAACUGCUCUUAUCCCAGCCACACUGUAAUGUGCACUUGCUUUUGGAAACUUUGCUACAUCAUGAUUGUCUCUUAGUGAGAAUUUUACUGAGAAGUUCACGAAGUGAAGUGUUGAAUUGCGAAGAACAAAGUUCCCUCUCAGAACAGAUAAAUAAAAAAGAGCCUACUCUGAUUGAAGCAAUCUUCACAGUAUUAUCUCAUUGCAUUUUGUCACCCAAAUCACUAGGAAUUGCUUUUGAGACCUACAUGGAAAAAGAGCACUUGUGGGAUUACUUAUACAGCAUGACAGUUUCCAGUUGUGGCGAGUCGGAGCCAGAGGUUAUCAGAUGCUUGAAGUUGACUUUGAUUAAUUCAGUCAAGGGCAUAGUGAAGCAGAUAAUUUCUUUGAUGCAUUCAUGGGAGGCAACAGAAAACUAUGGAACAUAUCAGCACAAGCAAAUAGUUCCUGAAAGUUUACUGAAAACAGUUCCAAAGGAAUGGAAUUAUACACCCCGGGAAAUGAAGAGAAAGGAGUCUGGGAAAUGCUUCACAAGGCUUGCAGCUCAGGCAGUAUCUAUUGUAAUCAGCAAGUUACCUACAGUGAUUGCAUGUUUGCCUCCCCCAAUUAAGUACUUCUUUUUUCUGGCUGAGAGAAAAAUGUCAAGAAACUUUGCUGAAUUGAAGAAAGCUGGUCUGCUUGUCUGGAACUUGAUUGUAAUUAUAUGUCGGAUAUUUGAGGAUGGAAAUACUGCAGAACUUUUAACAGGUGCAACACUUGACAGAUGGAGCAAAGAAAAACUCAGUUUAAUUCGUGUGUGCUUAGAAAGUAUUAUGGGAAAACAGAAAAGUGGUCCUAAACAAGUGACCCAGAAGGUUAUACAGAGCAUUGAACAGCAAAGACCAAACUGGAUCGAAAGCCAGUUGCUGAAGGCAAGAAAAUUGAGCACAGACUGUAGCUCUGUUGCAGUGGAAGGUGCACCGUUAGAGGAAGAAGGCAUUGCACUUGGAUUCACUGAGCAGAAAAUAAACAUGAUGGUCCUGGAUAUCUGCCACAAACCAGGUGGCAGCGAGUACCUGAGGCAAAUUUAUCACAUCAUCCGGCUCAAUGAGGAAUAUUUGAAAGAGCAGCUGUCUUGUGAGAAUUACGCUGAAGAGAGUGUUACCUCCAGUCAAUGCCUGCCUUUGACACUGAAGGGCAGAGAAGAGCAGGCUGUCUUCAAUCCUUUCCAGGUGUACAGCCAAUCUUGUGCAAAAGUGUUCAAUCAGUCAACCAUUACUGAAUGGAACUGGGAUUGGUCAAAUUUCCUGCCAAAUUAUUUGGGCCUGAAGCAGAUGACCUUCAGGGUGCUGCUGGCACACAGGUGGGAGAUGAAAGAAGGUGCAGAUCUGGAAGACGAGGAGAAAGUUAUGGUGGAACACUUAAAAAAUGUUUAUUUGACACAAAGCACUCCUACCUCAGAGGAUAAAGAAGAAUAAUUACCUUGACAGGUUUCGGGUAGCACCUUUUUCUGAAUUCAACAUGAUUAACUUAAUGGCUUAGUUAUAACUGACAGGAGUAGAAAUCUCAGGAAUAUAUAUCUUGAGUAGGAGUUUUAAACUAAAGAAUGUUCCCCCGUUAUUGUCUAGUCACCCCAUCCAAGCAGCGGUUGUUAACGCACGCAUAAGACAAGCGACACUAUAUGGAGAUGUCAAUGUCACAAAACAAGGAAGGUGUUUCUUGAUACUGCAGAGGCAUAAACCUGAAUGGCAAACCAAGAGCUGCUUCAAAAUCAUAAAACUCACAGUGGCAUCUAAAAAUAAGGCAACUUUGGGCGCAUUCUAAGCAAACACCAGUGAUGCGUUGGCAUCUACCAUUUCGUACCUGGCUGGCGUCGGAGCAGAGCUCAAGGACCUCUUCUUUCUCUUGGUGCUCGUGCUCUGCUUAGUGCUGGCACUAAACCACACAAAAGGUUUAGUGUGGUUUAGAGGAUGGGUUUGGGCCAUGGGUCUGCAGUACCUUGGCGAGUCGCUCUGGGAUGGGUACAGCUGGCCAUUACUCCCAAGCAAAGGCUGUCCAGCGGGUCAUGGCUUCAAAGACUGAUCAUAGUGAAACCUGCUGGCAGCACUCAAGGUUUUGAGAUGGAUCUUUUCAUUUUUAAAAAUAUAUAUAUAUUCUUAGGCGGUGAUCAAAGGACUAUCUUAUCAGUGAACUGAGAAUAGAAAGAAUAUAGAAGCCAAUAUUUGUUUCUGAUAAAUAUAGUAAAAUUUCAUUUUCAAAGUAAGCCCUGUGUAAUAUACAGAUUUACCAAAUACUGUUUUUUGUUGCUGUUGUUGUUUCCAGUUAGAGAUCUUCCUCACAGAUUAAAAAUACCUAUCGAGUUAGGCAAGAGCCUCUUUUGACAAUUUUUAUACAGAGGUUGCGGUUAGUAUUUCCACAGUCCUCUAAACAUAACCCAUCAUUAUUCUAUUUGUUUCUUGCAUUGGAAGUCCAAGGUAACUAUCUCCUCUGCCUGCUGAUGGAUUCUGGUAACAUCUUGGUAAAGCUGUAAUCUGAGCUGCAGCUUUGCCUAUUCCCAGUGCAUCUUCUCACAGAUGCUAUUAUGGGCAUAGCUCAGACCACUUGAAUAGGAAAGGAGGCAUAUAUUUUUCCUAAGAUUUCAGCAGCAGCAUGGGUGAUCCUAAAAGUAAUGCUGCCACAGGGUCUAAUCUGAAAUGCAGUUUUUCCUCCUCUUAAUUGCUCUUUUUUUUUUUUUCUUUUUUUUUUAAAAAAAAUAAUGUAUAUAAAAUAUUUGACCGUUUAAAAUGAAAAUGGGGACUGCUGCUUCUUACAAAUCUCCAAAGAUCUUGUUACAACACUGCAUCAGCGAAAGGGAUAUGUGGCACUGGUACUUCACAAACUCUAAAAAUAUUGUUUAAAAAAUAAAACAGACUUUUUCCUCUACCAGUGAUACUGUCAUUUGGGAACAUAAAGGAGUGAUGAAGUGUAAAAACACUUUUUAUUUUCUUCGUAUUUCACCUUCGAAGAUUAGUUGUGGUUUUGAGGCUUAAAAAAUGGCUACAGGGAUUGCCUAUUACGGCAGGUGCAGUAUUCUGACACGAGGCAUACAUGCUCCAAGCCAUACUAAUACUGUGUCUGUGCUUGUGGAAUUUGGAGUUAGAAUAGGCUUUCCUGCUUUAGCAAAAUCUAUUGUACAUAAUUAAAUUUUUGUAUAGUCAUGUAAAGCAAAUUUCUGUCUAUGUGGUGGAACUGACUGAAAUACAGUGUGUGAAAAAGCUCUGCUUCUGGGAAACCCUUAUUAUGAAUAUGAUAAACUUUGCAAGUGAAAUAAGCUAACCCUCACUUGCUCUGAAAUGGGUAUGCCCAUAUGGGGGGCGAUUCCAAACUGGUUAUGAUGCUUUAAAUUCACAACAUGCCUGGUUCUGGAAUAAUCUAUAAACAGUCAUGUUAAAAAAAAAAAUCAUUUUUAUGCCCCUUCCUCCCUUUUCUCCCAGCCAAAUUAAUUCAGCAGUAACCCAGUGGGUUAAGAAAGACAGUUUUGUCUUUCUUAGCAGUAUAUUUAUAAUCUUUAACACUGUGGCACUGAGAAGCUAGAAAAACUAGCCUGAAUAAAAGGUGUACCUUUGCACAAUACUUUAUUUGGAUGUUUCCCUUAUCCAAACCUGUACGUACAUACUUCCAGAGUCUGAAUGCAGGAUAACGUGUGUUUGAAGUUGAACCUGUCCCUCGGUGAGAAACAGCAGGGCUUGGUUUGUUGGCAGUGUAGUGAUCCUGUUAACUGACCUUCAGGGUAUAAAAGAAAUAUCAUCAUGACACCAUCAUGUAUGCUGAACACACGCUUUGGUAACAUUCACAUUUGUUCAAAGAAAUUACAGUAAUAAUAAGAGUCGUACGACUAAGAUUGCUAAACAUACCAUUAAUUUAUCAAGACUGCUUACUUUAAACUUAAACCCUUAAUUGAAGAAAAAUGAAAGACACUUGGAAGAGCUGAUUAUUUUUACAUUGUAAGGUGUGUAAAAUCAGGAGUUCUUGUAUAACAGACUGCUACGUUCUUUGGCACUUUUAAAAUAAAUAAUAGUUCUAUAUUCUCAGACAAAGUUCUUCUGAUUCAAUAACUGACUUAAGAUUGCUUUCAUUCUGGAGAGCAAUAGGUUCACAAUGCCACUAUGUUCUGCUUUUGUAUUUUAAGUACUGUCUCCUUCUCAGUACUUGUUGACCCAGGAACGUCUCACAUGUACAUUUAGCCUUAAUAAAUUAAGGCAAUGACGGCCAGAUUUGCUGGCUGCAGUACUGUCCCUGUGUUGCAUGACUAGUGCAGUCUGACCACAUUAAAUGCUCCUGAAAGAGAGGCAAAAAUCAGGAUAAAAGUCUGUUAUGUACAGCAGACCUUUCUGGGUGGGCAAAAGCUGGCCUUGUUGGCUCAGCACGUAGCUUAAAAGAAAAUCAUUAUACUUAUACAAGUGAAUUGGAUCAGACAGCACAAUCUAAGUGCUUGAGGGUUGACAUUAGAGUUGACACCUAAUUCUCAUCUAAUAUUUUAGUAUGCUAAGCUCUCUUUACUAAGCUGUGGCGAAAAUGAGAGACUUUGUGGCAAGGAAUGUCUUCAAUCAUGUUUGUUCAAUAUCCAGUUCGGGGCGCUCCAAGUCUUAGCAUCUUGGAACUUUUGAAAGGCAGUCAAUAAAAUUAGAAGCAGGGCAAAAAACUGAGAUAGCAUUAACAGUAAAGAAACUCCAGGGGGACAGACGGGAGAGCAAGAAUUUUGGAAAAUGACAGACGCUGAGACAUACCCCUGCCUUUUAGUGACUGCUGUCCUGACAAACAGUCUCCCAUAGAUCACGCUUUAUUCUGGCAGAGGGCUUUUGUAAAGACCACAGGCAACAAAGCUGUUUGUUCUAGAAAUAUGCACGGUGGUGAAUGGAUGUUCUCCAAUUCAUCUCCACAUCCUCACAGCAGUGGAAGAUAGGCAUGAGGCCUGGCUUCUUCUAAUUAGUCUCCUCACACAGAAAUAUUCCAUUUUCCUCUCAGAUGGGAGGUCUUAGCAAAAUAGUACUGAAUCUUAUCUACAGAAAGAUACCAAUUAUAUGCUGACACAGAACUAUUUUACGGAACUCCUUAAAAAUACAUGCAAUCAUUCGUAGUGAAAGACAGAAUUCAAACUUACAAGGCACUAAUUGGAAGACUGAGCAAUUAGACUUACAGCCUUAUGCUUGAAACAAGAGAGUAACCUGAUGGCAAUGGGAAGACUUCUAAGCCAGGAUAUAGAUCUCAAGUGGGUCUUGGCCGAUGGGAAGCUGCUUCCCUGCAGUAACCAUCUGUGUGGUAAGCAGUGGCAAGAGUGGAAGCAGCAGCUCUAAAACAAUUAAAGGUAAUGCCCAAGAAUUGGGCAAGUGUGAGCUUGGUUUUCCCUCUAUCAAUGGACGACGAGACUUGGUUGGUAGACUAAACUGAUUGGUGUCAUACGGCAGGUAGCAUGGGAAAUGCGUAUAAGGUCUUGAGCAGUUUGGGGGUCAGGUUUGGCCUUGUAAUACCCACCAGCAAAAUGCUUCGUAAUGAACCAGAGGCUCCAUUGCUACCUUUCUCUGUAGCAAAAGCAUCUGAGCACAGUUUACAUCAAGCGAAGCAACUCCACAAAGCCGACGAAACAAAAACAAAACAAAACAAAACAAAAUAAAAAUAAAAAGCAUGGAAACAUGCAAACAAGUAAAAGUAAAUCCAAAUCCUUUUCUUUUUUUCCUGAAAAAGUGUUUCUGUAGCAACAUUCUCAAGAAGAACUGCCAAGUAUUAAUGACAUAAAGUGAUCUUCUGAAUUAAGAUUGUAUGUAGACACCUAUCCCUAGCUGAGAAGGAGACGUUUAAGUCAUGGCUAGCACAAUUUUGAUGGCUGCUAGUUUGGGCCCUUUAGAUCCAUGGAAACUUCAGCUGCUGAUUGACUGCAACCACCUCAGAGAAUCAUAAAAUGAUCUAGGUUGGAAAUGGGCUUCAAGAUCAUCAAGCCCGACCAUCCACCUGGCCUACCAAGUUCCACCACCAAACCACAUCCCUCAGUGCCACAUCCACACAUCUCUUAAAUACCUGCAUGGACGGGAACUCCACCACUUCCCUGGGCAACCCGCUCCAGUGCUGGACCACAUGAAGAAAUUCUUCCUAAAACCCAACCCAAGCACAGCCUGCCACAACUUGAUACCUCUUCCUCACAUCCCAUCACCUGAGAUAAGAGACCUCUUUAAAAUUUCCCCAAUAAAUAAAUACAUCACUUAAAGCGACUGUUGCAGAGCAAGGUUUCACUCGUAGAAAACACCUGAGGUAUGGUUACCAAUGCACCAAAGCGUGUUCUUUAAGAUAACUGUUAAUUACGUGGUCAUACAUACUUUGUCCCUUGAUGAAUUUACCAGAGGACAAAUAUACGGUUACACAAGCAGCUGUGGGGAGUUUUUAAUCGCGUAAUAUCCAAGUACUUUACCUUUUGUCCCAUCAUCUCUUUGUAAAAAGUUCCUAUGUAAAAAUUCCUAUGUAAAAAGUUCUAUCUACGUGAUACGUGGCCUCCAUGAGGAAACAACACUUCAUGUGUUAUCUUGGCUCUGUUUCGUUUUCCACCUCAAUGACCUUCAAGCAUCCUUCAAAAACUUACUGCUUAACGUUUGAUAUAAUUUAGAGCAUAGGUGCAGUUUACACUGCUGUACCUGGGCAAAUAAUUCAUUUUCCAAAUUAACUGUCACAGAGACUUAGAGUAAGUCCUACCUGGGUAAUUAUUUGAGGUCUGGGGCUGCCUGAACACUCCUCCUGCUCCUAAAGGUCCACAUGCAUUUCAUAGUAUCUACGCUUUUCAACUGUUCUAAGCUACCUGCAUUACCUGGGAUAAUGGGAGCUAUUUGUAUACUUUAUGAAUUUCAUUUGUUUUAACUAAAACUAAUGUGUUCUGACCUAGGUUUUGUGUCCUUGAAGUUCUCUGAACUUUAAAUUUAUGUUUGGAAAUCCGUAACUCACCUGCCUUCCCAACUGUCAAACACCUAUUUACAAACCCAUGUAGCUUAUGCCUUCUCAAACCUGAUACACCGUCUUAGGGAACGAACAAUUUAAUACAUGUAAAAUUCAAACUGACCACCUGCAAUAUUAUCAUACAAGAAAUGUAGUAAUCGUCUUCACGUGGAGUGUCACCUCUCUGUAUAUUUCCGAAAUAGCACCGUUACGGAAUUGUUUACUCACGUUCUGUACGCUUUGUUGGUAUCUUCGAUUCUAUAUAAUAAACAUGACUUAAAUGGG